AAUAACCCUAUGUAAUAUAUAAUUACAACUCCUUUCAACUCCAUACAAUGCUCUUGUUCAAUGGUUUCACAUCACUAAACUGAAGCAAAGCGUUUCCCUUGUCUGCAGUUCCCUCAUCAAGCAUUUAAGAUGUCCCCUUGGCCUCUGAUAAAUGAAAUGGUGCGAGGCAUUGUUUGCAAUCUGAUGACAUUUUAAAGACUAAAAUAAUCAGCUGAAUAAUCAAGGAAAUAAUUGUCAGAUUCAUUCAUAAUUAAAACAAUAAUGUGUUGCCGACAGCCAUGCAUGUCAUGUAGCAUUCAGGUCUCACUUAAAACUUUAAGCAUGUUAUCAACGCUAUCCUCAGCCUGGCUCUUCAUGCACUUAUAUCUCCUCUUUACUGGUGCCUGAGUGGUUGUCUCCUUGUUCCACUGUGAUGGUUGUUAUUCAAGAACUUUCCUCUCUGGGUUCAUAAUAUGACAUUGAAAGUAAGGCAGCCAGGAUGUUCGAAAUACUGAGGUGAUGACUCCAACUUCCCCCCAGCAGAACUCCACCCACUUAACACAAUAUGACCCAGCAACCAAUCAAAACAUCCGAAUUUAAAGAAAUCACAAAGUUGUAUUUUAUUUAACUAUACUAUAUGCAUUUUUGGAUUCAUAAUUCAGGAGUUUAAAAAAACACAUUUUGCCGUAAACAAUUAGACAUCAACAUGUAUAACAGGCCUAUGUUUUGAUCAAAUAUGACUAUACCACGGAGUGUUCAUACCAAAAAUACCAGAAAUACAACUGUCGAUGAAUAAUACAGAUCAUGUUGUUGCUGAAAUAAAAGUACAAACAUAUUAUUUUGGAAAUUUAGAGUAUUCUCUGAACGAAAAAGCCCCAUGUGAGGAUUAGACAAUUAUAUUGUGUCAAUUGAAAGCAGCAUUUUUAGUUCAGUAGUUUAAUCAACUCACAAUGGAUCAUAUUGUAUUAGCUCCAUGUUUCAUGUGUAAACUCUUGAUUUGUUAUGCGAAUAUAACUGUCAAAAUAAGUAGAGCAAAAAUAAAAUAUUUAUAGAAGCACUCAAGUAGAGUACAAGUACCUAAAAUAUGUACCCAAGUAUAACAUUUGAGUUAACUAAUUUAAUUGCAUUCCACCUUGCAGAAAUAUUAACGUCCACAGUGGGAGCUGUUCAAAGAGAAAUGUUGGACACUUAUUUUUACCCAGCGACAUAUCUUAAAAUAGAGUCUGGGUCCUGUUGUCUCCAAGCAUCUCGGUCCCCCGACACGCAGUAACAUCCUCCACCUGGCGGUAGCGCUGCAGUUCCCCCUUCGAGCAGCAGGGGGCGCCACACCGACAUCACAGCGGCCACUGAAAUCAUUAACGUCAGCUACGUCGUGCUGCCUUUUGUGUCUCUGCUGAGCCCGUUGACGCCGCCCCUACGGAGGGUGCAGUUUGGCCGCCGGGAGCCCAACUGUCGGUUUAGGUCUGCGGGCUUGUAAACACAUCUCCACAGCACCGGGAUGUACGGACAACGACCGUGUCCAUCGAGAAGCCGCUGUCCGCGCCUUUGCAUGUAACACCGACUCCCAACGGUUUUGUAGUACGGGAGCGUUACGACGGUUGGUUGGUGACUGUCGUCAGGCGUGUCAUCGCUGCGGCCGGUGGUAUUACAGGUAUUUCUAUGCUGCGGGUUGUCACAAUGGUCGCCGGUUGAAAAUUGCUCCACGACGCCUCUCCCCGCCGCUCACGGUUAGCUAACCGUAUGAAUCUGGCUCUCUCCGCUCGCACCGACCAGCAGCUCUUUUUUUGUUGUUGUUGUCUCGGAGGCACCUGAACAUGGCAUCGCCCGCAGAGCACGACCUGGCGCUGUCUGAAGCGGACAGCAGCAGAGAGAAGGCUCAGAUGUUUGGGGUUUUGAGGCUGCAGGAGGAGAAAUCCGGGGUCGGGGAUAAAGCUAACAGUAGCAACACGGCGAGAGGAGGAGGAGGAGGAGACGGGCGAUGGCAGGCUCCGAUCUUCGCGUUGGCCAGGAAAGCAUCCGAGACUAUUUCAGGGAGUAUGCACGUCCUGCCCAAAGUGUCUGAGCACAGGACGUCUCUUUCCGCGGACUGGACCGUCCAAGCCCAGCGAGACCCCAUGUCUAUGGAGCGAGCCAACCUGCUGAACAUGGCCAAGCUGAGUAUUAAAGGGCUGAUCGAGUCGGCUCUGAGCUUCGGACGAACUCUGGACUCGGACUACCCACCUCUCCAGCAGUUCUUUGUAGUCAUGGAGCACUGCCUCAAACACGGCCUCAAAGUGAAGAAGUCCUUUCUGGGCUUCAGCAAGUCUCUCUGGGGGCCUCUGGAGCUGGUGGAGAAACUGUGUCCGGAAGCGGUAGAGAUCUCGGUCUCUGUACGAGACCUGCCUGGACUUAAGACUCCAUUAGGCAGGGCUAGAGCUUGGUUGCGUCUGGCUCUCAUGCAGAAACGACUUGCCGACUACCUACGACUCCUCAUCACCAGAAAAGAUCUGCUCAGUGAUUUCUAUGAGAACUCAGCACUGAUGCUGGAGGAGGAGGGAGCCGUGAUCGUGGGCCUGCUGGUGGGCCUCAACGUCAUCGAUGCGAACCUGUGUGUGAAAGGCGAGGACCUGGACUCUCAGGUUGGGGUGAUCGACUUCUCCAUGUACUUGAAGAAUGACAUAGAUGAAUACAGGGGUGAUGAGAGGAAUAGCCAGAUGGCGUCAAUCUUGGAUCAGAAGAACUAUGUUGAGGAACUGAACCGGCAACUCAACUCCACAGUUCAUGGUCUUCAGGGCCGAGUGGAGACGUUAGAGAAGUCCAACACUAAACUCGUAGAGGAGUUAGCCAUAGCCAAGAACAACAUCAUCAAACUGCAGGAAGAAAACCAGCAGCUGCGGAGUGAAAACAGCAUUAUUCUCCAGAAGACACAGGAACAUUUAGAGGUGACCCAAGGCGAUGCGUCAGUGGAGAAAGAUACGUACAAACAGUCGCGUCAAGGAUUGGACGAGAUGUACAACGACGCUCAGAGGCAACUGAAGGAUGAGUGUCAGAUCAGACAGGAUGUGGAGAAUGAGCUGGUAUGCCAGAUGUCGAUGAAACAGGAAAUGGACUUUGCCAUGAAACUUCUGGAGCAAGAUAUUCAUGAAAAGCAGGACACGCUGAUCGGACUGAGACAUCAACUGGAUGAAGUCAAAGUCAUCAACGUAGAGAUGUACCAGAAGAUGCAGUCGUCUGACGAUGAGAUGAAGAAGAAGAACGACGUGAUCACUCGCCUGGAAGAGAAGACCAAUCAGAUCACUGCCACCAUGAAGCAGCUUGAGCAAAGAUUACAGGAGGCAGAGAGGCACCGCACCUCGGCCGAGGAGGGGACCAGACGCUUCAAGCUGGACUUUGCCAACAAGGCCGACAGCCUGCAGCGGCAGAUCGAACACAGAGAAAAGCAACUCCAGCAGCUGGAGACGGACCUGAAGAUCGAGAGGGAGUGGAGGCAGACGUUACAAAACGAUCUGGACCGGGAGAGGGACACGGUGGCUCAGCUCGGCACCGAGGCGCUGCAGAUCAACGGGCUCAAAAAGGAGUUCCAUCGUCUCCACGAUGAAAACGUUCAGCUGAAGAUGGUCUGCGAGGACCAAGAACAAGCCCUCAAGGAACUGGGUUCCAAACUGAGCGACAGCUUUAUUCAUCUUGUCAUCAGAUCUAAAAUGAAGAUUGAAGACAUCAAAGAAGCCAACAAAGCUCUCCAGGGGGGUCAGGUGUGGUUGAAGGACAAGGAGGCCAGCCACUGCAAGCUGUGUGAGAAGGAGUUCUCCAUCUCGAGACGAAAGCACCACUGUCGGAACUGUGGGGAGAUCUUCUGUAACGGCUGCUCCGACAACGAGCUCCCGCUGCCCGCCUCGCCCAAACCGGUCCGAGUCUGCGACACCUGCCACGCCCUCCUCCUCCAGCGAUGCUCCUCCAAUCCAACGUGAAGCGCGGCUGCUUCGCGCCAUCUGUCGAUCGAACCCAUCGAUCCCCAUCUUCUGCCCCGCUGCGGGAUCUCCAUCUGCCAACUUCUCUCAACGGAAAUGCUGCUCGAAAUGGACGGUGUGCAUGAACAUUUAGCGCGUUUAGCUUGGUCUUCAUUUACAGGAUGAACGCGUCCCUCACAGUGAGCCGUCCGCUUGGCACCGCGACCCUCCUGACGUAUGCUCGGCAGUAUUCACGGCGACAUUGUCAUUUUAUAUGCUAGAUAAACAUCAGUUCUACAGACCAAUCAUUUACAGUCAAUUCUAUCAGUCAAGGUCACUGAUAUGUAAUCAGUGACCUUGACUGAUGGGGUCAUGCAAAACAGGAAUGUCUAAGGACGGCGCUCGGCUCUAAAAGGAGAAACUACUUCACUGCUGCAUCUUUAAUUUAUCAGGCGUCAAACUGUCUGCAAUGAAGAGCCAAACAGAUGAGAUUAUAUAUUUUAUAAAUACAGCAUCCUGGCCUUGUUACCGAGUCUUGACGGCAAAGAAAAGAAAAUGAUACAUCCAACAUAAAGGCAUACGCAUGUUCACAGGCACAAGAGAUCACGUCAACCCGAGAGGUUCAAUUCAACUUUACUAGAUACUUGAAGUUACGACACGGAACUUUAAUUGUGGGACUAUUUUAGCGACCCCUGUAGUGGAUUCCUGUGGAUCCCUGUGGUUCCCUGUGGACCCCUGUGGAUCCCUGUAGUCCCCUGUGGACCCCUGUGGACCCGAGCACCAGAUUCUUUUAAGAAGACCUCUUGUUACUGCUGCAGGUUUCUAAAAAAAAAAAAAGUCAUCCACAAUCUUCUCGCUGAUGGUCUUAUUUACUUAUGAAGGUCAUAUUAGUUUUAAUUUAAGUCAGUUUCAUAACCAGUUACAAGUUCAUCAUCAGUUACUUUUUUUUGAAUUAUAAACUGGAUACAUUUUUGUUUAAUUGGCUGUGAGAUGAUCCGGACUGGCCUUAUUUUGUUUUUUACCUGUUUUAGUUUCAGUCUUUUCACAGAAGCAACAGAGACGUGUUCUUGAGACAAAGAAGACACAAAGACUACACUAGUUCCCCUUGUGGCUUUCAAAGGAACUGAAAAUGAUUUAUUUUCAUUUUAUUUGACAACGCCGGUACCAUCUGUGCCUAUGUGAACGCCGUGACUAUUAUCGACUUGUUCUUCUCAUGUUGCCAAAAUGAGCCCGAGAUUUCUACAGAGAGGAUUCCUGUUGAGAAAAUCUAAGAUACUUCAAAAGCAAUCGAGAUUAAUCACCGUUAGUUAUCAAACACUAAUGCAGCGGAAGCUGCUUUAAGGACCAAGACGAGCAACAAAUGGAAUCAGAAUGCGUAAAUGUCUGUUUAGGAGAUGAACCACUGACAUGACCACUCCACUGACCCGCCAGUGGGUAACAGACUCGAGUGUUACACCUCGGACACAACAGUCAGUUUGUGCACAAGGCAAUCCUUUAUUACCUCCAAUAUAGAUUAAUUUGAAAGUAUUUAUAUUUGAUUUUGUAUUUUACGCACAUUGAUUUUUACUUUCCCUGUCCACUGGCAGCAGACGGAGAUGUGAGAGAAGAGCCACGUUGUACCGCUGCUCCAUUUCUGAGAUGGAAAGUUUGAAACCAAACCAAUUUAGUUCCUUUUGUAUGUUGAAUGUGUCGUUCAACUAACGCUGAUGAUCGUAGAGUCUUCAGUGACGGGUUAUUAGAAGAGUUCCACACGCGUUAUGACACGAGGUCCACUGCACAUUCUGGUUUUGUACUUGUACAAUGUUUACCACCUAAUUACUUCUUAAGUACUGGAAGCAUUGGUUCCAAUGGAGAGAUGAAACGGGCCUGGGUUCAUUUCAAUUCAAAGUGUUUUUAUUGUUUCAAAUAUUUAAAAAUUCUGUUAUUAUUAUAAUAUACUGUAGAUACUGGAAUGCACCCAGGCCUGAACACUUUUUGUACAGUGUCGUUCUUAUAAGUCUCCCAGCUUUCAAUGGGACGGACACAGUGUUGGCACCACUGUACGCUGUAGAUAGGGAAUUGUUGAUAAUCACGGUGACCCUUUAAUUUGACUUAAUCCCGCCAGUUCAAUAUUAACUAUAUUGCCAACAAUAUGUUUUCUUGAAUGUGCAGAUGUUUCUGAUUAAAUCGCAUCACAAACACAA